AUGUUGCGUAAGACACUACCAGACUGGGCACAUGCACGAAGCAAACGUGCACUGAAACAACUGGAUCGUAUCAAGUCAAAGGCCCAACCACAAUUGACAUUGAAGUCCACAUCAAACUUUGAUUCUGAUCGUUCAUCAUUCGAUUUCACAUCUGACGACGACCGUAUGCUUUAUGAGCAAUUUGAACAGUCUCCUGCUUUCUUUGUAAAAAUUGAGUCACAGAAAAAAUCUCAUUUGAUCAAGGCAGGAGAAGAACUAGUUUUUCAACCGUCAAACAGAUGGAAAUCUUUUGAGGUAGAUGCACAAACUUCCAUCUUAUACGGAAUUCUUACAAACGAAACUUCAGAAUUAGCAGCUUCGAAUAUGAAUGUUAAUUCAACGUCAUUAUAUCACUUGAAGGAGGAAAAGGGAGCUCAAAACGACGCACCAGAACUAAGAAAUAUGGCUGCAUUUCGACUUAUUGUCUUUCUCGAUGCUUUUCAGCAAUUUGAAACAUUGGAAACUUUCUUUCAGCCACUGCUUCUUAAAUUUCCUAGAGGAAAAAUACUGCUUUGUGGCUUCCCAACGCGUUCCAAACGUCAUAUCACGUGGAAUAAUGCGCAAUUCGCCUCUGUCUACUUAAGUCUCCUUGAGCACGUCAUGAUGGAAACGCGGGAAUGGCUUGUGGAACCAAAAAUGGAUCGAGCUGCUAUGCCGCAGUAUCUCAUUGGGUUUGGGACUGGGGCCAGUACAGCUCUACAAUUCCUUGGAAUGGAGUUACCGAUGCGACAAGCGAGAAGCGCCGAUCAUGGCGCUCUUACAUGCUUCACUCGGUCAUUACGCGGUCUUGUGCUGAUUAAUGCAGUUGUAAAGAUCUCUGAUGUCGAGCGUAGAACUCUGCGAUCAUUGCAAAAACGUUUUGAAGCCGGAGAAAGCGUUCACAAAUUGGAUAGUGACACUGCUAUGCAACUGCGCGAUACACUUGCAUCUCUACCUUUCUCGUCUCACUAUCGCUUGCAUAUGCCUCCUAGCCGUUCAGCAGCUAUUGAGACCUGCUUUUGCAAGCAACGCAAUGAUCUUGACCGAACAGAUACGUGUGCACUUCCUACACCUGUUGACACUCGAGCUACAGACGGGUUGCUUCCAGUUCUAUUACAUGGUACUAUAAAGAAUCGAGAUGUCAGUGCAGCGAUCGCAAACCUCGCAGCAGUCGUGUCUGAACCAUUUGCGUUGAUCCUUAUCCACGGAUCUCAAAACGCUCUUUUUGGUCCUCAUCAAAUUCAGUUAAUGACUGAAGCAACGAACGAGUCUUCUUCUGAAAAUUUUUUGCAUGUUCAAACCGUGUCAGAAGCUUUGAAUCUUGACAACGCCACAAGGGGGUCACCGGGCCAGUAUUCUCGAUGUUUGCAUGUGACUUGGCUCAAAGGAGGUCACGAAUUAUUGCAGGAACAAAGUUCCUUCUUUCACAACUUUUUUUACCAACUGGCUUCAGCGGCUACAGCACGAUCUCAGCCUAUUUCUUUUCGCGAAAAACAAAGUCAAACCGGUUGUGAAGAGAAGUUUUGUCAUCUACGACCACCGCCGGACUCUGAUAGAGAUAAAAAGAUUCAGCUAAAAGAUUCUCUGGUCCCUGAGCAAGAAAUUGAGAGCGCGCGUAUACCAAAGACCCAAUGCAUAAAAGCAAGCUCCAAAGUCCGCCAAAGCAUUUCCGAACACUUGAUGAACAACAGUAUUCAGCAAGAGUUUUUCGAUUGGGAUAUUGAGCGAGCUGGUUCGUCUGUCAUCAUCCAUGAGCAUAAGAACCAAACGCACUGCGUUGAUGAAGAACAGGUACCACCUCAAACGCCUCGUCUGAUGGAGCAGAGAGAUCGUCGCGAGGCGAUGAAAGACUUUCAUUGCGACUUCGAGCAGAUGAAUUUUGUCUCGAGUUCCGUGGAAAUUUACCGGCUAGAUGCACCACCAGUGUACGAACGGUUCGAUGAUAUCGCCAGUGGUGCUCAAGCGCUUGCCAAAGAUCUUAAGCAAUGUUACAAAACCAAAGCGCUUCACCUGCAAGUAAUAGCCGAACGACGUCUUGAAUUGAACGAACUGUCAAGUGGUCCACUUGCUGCAAUGGAACUCGAGAUACGCAACUUGAAGCGUAUUUUUACCAAGGCACAAAGUACUGGUAUGAUUGCUAAAGCUGAUCUGGGCACUGUUCGCAUUCUUCCUAUCACUUCAAUCGAGAUGCAAACACUUGGUCGAGAGCUCAAUAGCAAGCGCAACACCUUAAAGCGAAUGCAAAGUAAUGCAACGCAACUUUGUCAAGAUGUGGAAUGGAAUGACCAACUUUUGCAGCGUGUAAGUGUCAUCAUUCAGCGCAAUGAAAGAUUCCGUCAAAUAUUGUUGCCUAAGCUCUGUCUUUGUGCUGAUAUGGGCAAUGAACGCGCGUUGUCUCUGCGUGAAGAAUAUGAGCGUCAUAUAUCACAGCGCAACAAGCUCAUUGGGCUGCUUGAUAACUUAAAGCGACGACAAGAAAACGUGCGCGCUGAAUACGAGCGUGCUCAAGCCACGUCCACAUUCUUCUUUGAUACGAACUUGCGCGUUGUUGGAGUUCCUCAGCGAGUACAACGUACAAUUCUAGUUCAAGAACUUAAGGCUGAAAAGAAGUUAUUACCUAAACGAAUUGACGAUCUUGUCGAGAAGGAGCAAGAGGCACAAUCGGCAGUGAAUUCGAGCAAAGUUGCUAUGGAAGAAGUCGCUACACGAACGAAAUUUGUCGAAGAAACCCGACGGACACUGGAAAGCAUUUGUGAAGUCAAAAGCCUCGAUACAGACAAGAAGACUCAUGGCAAAAUCAGUAACUUGAAACUGCAGCAUUAUUCGGGCGAAACUGUGAGGCUGAAGAAGCACACGAAUCGAUCUUUGGAGGAAAGACAAUGGGUGGCGUUUGACUUUCUUUUAAAUUUUGCUUUCUAUCAGAAGCACGUAGCACCAGAAGAGAUCGAGAUCAUUCAAAACCAUGCUGACUACCAGCAAAAGAUUGACAAGAAGCUGAAUGUUGAUGAUCUCCAGCGUCUGAUGCAGCUUCCAGCUCGCAAUUGCCUUGCAUUUUGUUUUUUUAAAACACCAGAAGAAAUGAAAGCUCAUUAUCUUUUGCGCAAAUAUACUUUUGGAGACGGAGAAGACUACUUUGCUCAGCUGGAUCAUGACUUUAUAGCUCCUGACAAAGUAGCCGGUCCAUCCGCAACCAUUUCAUCGAGUCUCAAGGACAUGUGUUCAAUGCUCCAAAUUUCUGCAGACACGUUAUCGUUGCAUGGUCCUUGGAACCCAAGCGCUCGGACCGCACUACUCAGUGAAAAUUUAUUGCAGCAGACGCUGCUUCACGUCCCACAAACUCAAAUUCUCCCGCACAAAAACACUACAUACAGUUUUCAGUUGCCUAAAGAGUCACAAGGUGUUGCAGUAGUAGCUCUCACUGUAUCCAUCGUCUUCCAAGGGCAAUUUAAGUCCACUGAUUAUCAAAACGGACGACUUUCUGCCAUGAUGUACAUGUUGCCUCCCGUAUCCAGCCCGAGUUCCUUGCAGCAACGAUAUCAAGCCUCAAUUCCGAUUGGAAAAUGCUUUCAUGUCGACGAUCUGACAUUAAAUUCCCCUCACUGUAUGGGGAGACUCGUUCUUCGGCAUGAGCCUCAGAGAAUUCCUCUAAGUGCCGCGGCAACGUAUCAAAUUGUGAUCGGGGCACCAAUUUUGACAAACUAUUCCCUCGAGGUAUGUGGACGCACGGCCCUUUUCGCCGAUGAAGCGCUGCGACGGAAGCGUAUUGAUGCGCUGAAGAAGCAAGCUUUACUGCCCCGAAUGCAGGAUGAGGUGCAAGAUCUUUUUGUCACAAUCCAGUUGAGUGAGCGCAAGCAGAGACUUGCACGUCGGCUUGCUACUGAGCUUAAGGAACAGGCCCGUGAAGCUGAACUUGAUCUGCUCAGAAAAAUUGAGUGUGAUAAUGAUGAACCGUUACUAGGUCACGAAGAGCGCUGGGAAUUGCAAAAAGCGAUACAAGCAGCAACCAAAACGUUCACAGUCUGUUGUUUUCUGUACACUAAACGUGACGAAGAAGUGCGCGAUAUUGAGCAAAGUCUUUGCGAUUUAAUAAAGACUCACGAAGGUAUUGUCAAAGAGUGCAAGCAGAUGGAAAUUUUGCUUUCUGAAUACCGCGCAAAUUUGCCUCGACUUGCAGCUUUACUAUCAAUCGAUCUUGCAGCAGGAGACACAGCAGCAGCAAAACUAGCAAAAGAGUUGAAUACUGAGUAUAUGACAAGAAAUGGCACGAAGUCUGCCAAAGUGCGCUGGGCAGAGCUUUCCGCGAUGAAGUCGAUCAUUCCAUUCAUGAUGUCUUCAGCUGAGCAACUGCGACGAAAGUACAAGAGAGGAGAAGACACUUUAAGCAAAAAAGAACGCGAGUGGAUACUUCUUGAUCGCAUUCUUCAUCCACAUUUGUAUCAAUGGGAGCAAGAGAAGCAAAAUCCGAUUGAUGGAGCUAAUACGAAUUCUCCUUGUGUAAAACUUUGGCUUCAUGGCGAAUACCCGACGCUCUCAAAUAGCGAAAAAGUGCUUGCGUCCAUGUCAUCUAUGGAAAUAAAAGCGAUCAUGGAGACUCCAUGGAAUAUGUUGGAGCGUAAAGAAAUUCCGAUUCGCAAAAUACUCACUCAAUUUCGAGGUGACUCUAGAGGCAGCAGUAUGUACAAAACUGCUUCAUCAGAAUCAAUAGCAACUCUUUUGCGUGCUCAAAAUUCUACCGAAUUGACUCAUGAGGAGCAGGAAUGGCGCUUGUACGAUCAAUUGCUGAAUCCAAAGUAUUAUUCUCGAGAUUGUGAAAUGACAGCAAAGGUAGUUCCAACUUCACGCUGCCAAGAGAAUGUAACAAUCUCACCUAAACUUACGAGAAAAGAUCUCCUCAUAGCAAUCAACACGCCAGUUAAGGAAUCAUACAAGCUGCCGAAAAACUUGCUUCGUGCUCGCACGCUUCUUCUUAGAUACGAUCCUCAGAAGAUCACGAAAACAACUUUAGCAACGCAAGUCCGACCACAGAUUCAGGAAUUGCAAACGGCGAUCGUUAAUUUAAACCUGGACGCACAAUGUCGUGUCGUGUUCCAUGAGCUUCAACGCGCACUUGCAAAUACGCACAAUAAGGAUAUGGACUCACAUGUGUUGCACUCGACACCGCAGCGAUUCCCAACGAAUAUAUUGUGUCUAGAACUCGAAAAGAAAUUGGACCGUUUGCUGAUAUCUCAGAUCAAAGAAAAUGACGACAUGGAAUUGGCCAGCUUUCUCUCCAAGCAAGAUCUCAACAGAGAUGAGGUGUCGGAUUCUGAUAGCGAUGACGAAGCGAUAAUUGCCCGCGAAGAGGAAGCAAGGCGCAAAGCAAAAGAGAACGCUAAGAAAGAACCAAAAUUUCGUGGAAAAAUGCUUGGGCAAAUCUCUUUGCAAAAGCAGCGCCGUGAGAUUAAGAACGCGCUUCAAAAACGCAGCAUUGACGAGCAGCGCUGGAUCCAGCGGGAGCGUAAACUCGGAACAGGUGGCUGUACUGCUUGUUGGACGAAUCCUUGUCAGUGGAAGCCUUUUUUAGAAAACUCGUACGCGACCAUCCAAGCGCGGAUUGACGUCAUUUAUAAGGAACUCGAACGCGUGAAGCACUAUUCAGACAAGAUCUUGACUUCAAAUGUCUGUAUGGCUGCGUUAAAGUCGGGAGAUCAGACGAUCACGAUGCACAAGAGUGAUUUAAUCAACGAGUUGACCUCGGAGGUGAAGCUAUUGGAAAAAAACUUGCGUUUGAAAAGUGUCGAUGAAGAACUGCAUGAAGCCUUUAGCUCUAAGAAACAAUUUUUCGAAACGCAAGCAUUGCAUGGGUUCCACCAAACCCAAGACAAGAAUAAAGUUCAGCGAGCACUUCAACACGAACACAAUGCUUUAGUAGCUCAUUUAACUGCUUACGAAGUGAUUGAAGAUAUCCUUGAAUCAAUGCUAGAAGGAUGGAUGUUCGGGGAGCGUGUAUCCAAGCGACAAGUUCUUGGGUACAUCCCCAGUCUGAAGCUCGAAAGUCCUUUGACGAUGCAUGAUCUGAGGCGCUUUGAACAGGAUCAUCGCAUCCUUCAUGCUUGCCAAAAUCUUUGCGAUGAACAGCUACAGAGUGCACGGGGAUUGCCGUUAGAGAAGUGGAAACCGAUCGAAGUCGAGGCGAUUCGAAUUAACGUUACUAAAAGAGUUAUCCAGAAUGGCUUGGAGAUUGAUAAGUCUUUAACUGAGACGGAGAACGCACUGAAGUUUGGGAUCUUUUGCAUGACACUGAUGUACUUCCGAGGCUUAUCAUUGCUAAGAAAGCAACGUAGUUUCUGGUCUGUCUCGGGAACAAAGCUUCAAUAUGUGGUGGACUCCUUACAAAAAAGUGCCGAACGUCGUCGAAUGGACAUUGAGGAGAAGAACGUUGAGCUGCGAGCUCGCAAAGCUGCGUAUUACGACAUGAAAGCUCGAAAUGGCCAGGCUCGCAAGCAAAAAUUUUACGAGCAAAAAUUGGCGGCUUACAGAAAGCGCUUAGUAGAAGAAUACUGCACGGCCAAGAGUCAAAAGAAAGCUGCCAUCGAUAUUCAGCGUGUGUAUCGUGGCGGCUUAGGCAGAAUUGCUGUAAAAAAGAAAAUGAUUAGACGACGAGAAAUGAAUGAUCAACGUGCUCUGGAACAUGCUGCAGCCUCUACUUUACAGCGAGUGUUCCGCGGACGCCUUGGUCGAAUUGCCGCCGAAGAUCGACGUGAGGAACUUGCUGAAUCCGAUUUACAGGUCAGCACAGAGGAGGAGAUUGCAGAAGAGGAAGAAUACUGGCGUAUGCACAAGUUUGAGCUCUUAGGUCGGCAAGUCGCAACAUUUGUCAGAAAAGUAGCCUAG